GGUCCUCAAACAGGAAGUGAGCGGGCAGCUGGUGCUCGGUCAUUAUUGGAGAUCUCCUCGGCUCGUGCGUGUUGUUGUGAUCGAUUUCUGAAUGGAAAUCGAUCGAUCGAUCAGUCGGGUCGCGUGCGUGCUGCUGAGCGUGUGCGUGGCACUGACGUCCCAGGAGCGGCCAGAUGACGCGGGAGGCUGGUGGCUGGACUCAGACCUCCGGCUCCAGGAUGAAGGUCCCUGUAGCAUCGACGUGUGGGACGGCUCCUCGCUCUCCUAUCAACAGUUCAUUGAGAGAUACGCCUUCAGUCGCCCGGUCGUCCUCCGAGCGCUGACUGACAACACGAAAUUCAAGCUGCUCUGCUCCAAGUCGACUUUACUCCGAGAGUACGGCUCCCGGAAAGUGCGGCUCAGUACAGCGAACACGUAUUCUUACAGGAAAGUGGACGUCACGUUCCAGGAGUAUGUGGACAAGUUCCUGAGGCCUCAGUCCACCCACGCUCUCGGCAGCGACACCAUGUACUUCUUUGGAGACAACAACUUCACGGAGUGGCAGAGUCUGUUCGAGCACUACGCGGCUCCACCGUACGUGCUGCCGCGCACCAGCGGAGCGUACAGCUUCGGCAUCGCAGGUUCGAUCCCUCUGAGAACGAGGCUGGAACACAAAUCACUGGAGCUUCUUGGCCCCGGAACCGGAGUUCCUUUUCACUGGCACGGCCCCGGUUACGCUGAGGUCAUCUUCGGAAGAAAGCGUUGGUUCCUCUACCCGCCCGAUAAGGAGCCUCACUUCCACCCCAACCACACCACCCUGUCCUGGGUGAGGGACACCUACCCCCACCUGCCCCAGCACGAGGCUCCACUGGAGUGCACCAUCAGGCCGGGAGAGGUGCUGUAUUUCCCUGACCGCUGGUGGCACGCCACUCUGAACCUGGACACCAGCGUCUUCAUCUCCACGUUCCUCGGCUGACAGCUCUUCACAUCUUCACUGUUUGUUUCCUUCAGGAUAAGAAACAGAUUCAACAACGCGAGGACGGAUCUGAUGAACUGUGUUUCUUCUGGUUUUAUUUUGGUCUGGACGAUGAAGACGUUUCAUUUCAGGGACUAAGACGAACAACAGAAACAUUCCAGCCACGUUUCCUCACGAUGAAGAUUAUAAUAAUAAUAAUAACGUGUAUUUCAUGACCAAAGCAACAGAAACAGAUUGUGUCUCCUUUAAAAAACACACAUCACUCAACAAGUUCAAAACAAAACAAACACUUCGACACAGUAAGUUUUUUGUACAACUCAGCGUCAGUGUAAAAAAAAUAAAACAGGGUUUUACAGAGUU